GCGGCCGGUUGUUUCGCAUAAUCUGAGGGUGCAAGCGCGAGUGAUCAGUUGCGGAGACCAAGAAGCGAAUUCCUUUCUAGUAGCUGGUGUGUGCCGUGUGUCCGAAAAUGAUGCUACGUGUUCUGAUCCUGCUCUCUCUUGGGUUGAUUUGUGUGGCGAAUGUAAGUUCACCACAGGUCAACGUCUACACCUACAAACCCCUCGUGACAGGUGAAGACAACGUUCUCCUUUGUCAUGCCAAGGAAUUCAGCCCACCCAACAUCAAGCUGGAAUUGCUGCAGGAUGGUCUUCUGAUACCAAACACAAAACAAUCUGACAUCAGCUUUGAACAAAACUGGAAAUUCAAAUUGACCAGUUAUGUUGAAAUCUCUCCCAAGGAAGGAGUGCAGUAUGCCUGCAGGGUGCUGCACAAUGGCGUUAACAAAACUGUUAAACUGGAAUCCUAAGCUGUUGCGCCACAGGCAUGAACACCAGCCCAACAGGAAUGGAUUGACUUCAAAAUUUCAUCUUUUCAACAUGAUCGCAUGUUUUGAUCCGGCUGUUAAAGUCGAAAAAAUAUAUUACAGUCUGUCUUUUUUGAAAUGAUAUGGAUGAUUUACUUUAGAUACAAGGCUCUAUGGUUCUAAUGUUUGCUCCUUAUUAAUUUUGCUGAUGACCAGUCAAUAUGUUUCUUAUUAUAGUUUAUUCGAAAUUAAAUUUUCCUUCCAUUUGCUGCAGAGGACUGGCCUGUAAGUCAUGGCUUAUAGAAGCAACUAGUAAUAUUCUUCCUCCUCCUCCUCCUCCUUCCCCUCCACUUCAUUCAAUAGUAUUUGAUCCAUCGACCCAUCCUAUGGAUUGUUGUACUCAUUCGCACACAGCAUGAUUUACAGCAACUCUAACCUGUGCCAGCCCACCCAGACCCAUUUAGUUUGGAAUCCAGGUGUGAUGCUGCUUUUGGAACAUCUCUGGCCAACCCUACUUGUGCAUCUUUCCUACAGUUCCCAUUCCACUUUGGUGACUUGCAGGACCGAGUUCUAUUUCUAGCUGUUGGGUUUUGUUAUUGAUCGAAGCAACGCGGGUGCAAUAUGUCGAAAAUGCUUUUUUAAAAAUCAUAGUUGCAUUAACUGCUCAGUUUUGUGGGGGGAUUUAUCAUUAGUGUUAAUUGGCUUUUUAUGUGUAAAUCACUGGAUAAGUGAAUAAAAUACAUUUUACCUUA